AUGAACACGUACGCACCGCCUGUGCGUCCGCAAGAAACAUACACCCAAGGAUUCUGGUACGCCAUCGCAGCCGCAGCCUUCUACACUAUAUGUUCCAUGAUCCUCAUGGUCAAUAUGCUGGGUUACUUUCUAGGCCACUACCCAGAAAACUUUGCACUCAGUGACAGCCAACGGACACUCAUCCUCCAGACGAUGGCAUUCUUUAUCUGGCUGGCUGGUGGCUCCGCAGUAUUUGCCAAACUUGAACAAAAUGCUGGUAACGAUAGUUGGCGCUUCGCGGAUGCUCUGUACUUUUGCGAUGUCACGAUUCUCACAGUCGGCUUCGGCGAUAUGGUACCAUCAACUGCUGCGACCAGAGGUAUCGUCUUCCCUUACUCGGUCGGGGGCAUCAUCACCUUGGCGCUUAUUGUCUCUUCGCUCUAUACCGCAGUACGCGAGCUGGGUGACGAGAAGAUUGUUCAGAAGUAUGUGGACCGCCUGCGCGAAAGCGCCGUCGAGCGUACAGUGACCAAUUCUUUCGAUCUUCGUCAUCGCGAACAUGACGCCCAUCACCUCAUCAGAAAGCGCAAACUGGGAUUUCCUAAAAUAUCUGCACCGACUGAACUGCGAGAAUUACGCAAACCCGUGCAUGAGAACACCAAUCAUACUACCUCGGCAAUCCCACGCGUCACCCACGCUCUCGGCAUGACUUCGAAAAGACGAAUUCUGGUCUUGAAAGAAGAAAAAGAUCGAUUCGAAGUCAUGCGCAAGAUCCAAGAGGAUUCUAAAAAGUUCAAGCAGUGGAUGGCACUUUUCUGGUCCACCACCACAUUCUUAAUCCUUUGGUGCGUAGGGGCUCUUGUGUUCAUGAUAACUGAGAAGGAUAGCCAGGGACUAACUUACUUCCCCGCUCUCUACUUCUGCUAUGUCUCCCUGCUCACCAUUGGGUACGGAGAUUUAGCCCCAAAGACCAAUUCUGGACGGUGCUUCUUUGUCGUUUGGAGCUUGAUCGCCGUCCCAACCAUGACCAUCUUAGUUUCUAAUCUUGGAGACACGGUGGUGGCAAACUUCAAGAAAUGGAGUGAUAAGUUUGCCGACUUUACCGUGUUACCUAAGGCAGGCAUAUGGCGCUCGUUUCUUGACAAGCACCCUUGGCUUCUUCAAUGGUUACAACGCGUUACAGAAUACCACGCACGUAGGAAUCGUUUGAAGAAAGGGUUCGAAGUCGGAGUUGUCGAUAGCAAUAGCUCUGAUCCUCCUAACGUUGAUGACAACGACGCUGGUCCUUCCGAAGAUUUAGAGAACCCGCGAGACAGCGACAGAGCUCCUGAAGAAUCUGAGGCGACUCCAGAAAUCUCGCUUCCCCAAGCCCCGACUGGUGCAUCUAUAUCCCGCCAGCUAGCGCUCUGUAUCCAAAAGGUGUCUUUUGACCUGAGAAAACCAAACAAGCGCUAUAGUUAUGAAGAAUGGGUCGAAUUUACACGCUUAAUCCACGCAACGCACCCAGAGCGUCUAGAUCGCUAUCUAGGUAUCGAGUGCAAUUCAACAGACGAUGAGAACGAGGAAGGUCUAGUGAAUUGGGAUUGGCUUGGUGAGCGUAGCCCUUUGGUCUCUGGAAACAGCGAAAGUGAGUGGUUGAUGGAGAGGCUGGUGGAGAGUUUGGUGAGAUUGGAAAAGAGAAAAGAGGUUGCAAGGCGGAGAAGAGAUAUUGGGGCAUUGAGGAAUAUGGAGGGAAAGAAUGGAGAAAUUGGCUGAGCGGAUAGUCGGCAGUGGUGGUUCUGUAUAUCGGAGGGCUGAGCAAAUAUCAACACAUAUAAUUGCUAUUUUUGAGCAUCAAAUACAAACAUGUAUGAU